AUGUCCACCUCCGACUUGCAACCAUCCAAGCUGGGCACCAAAGCGCACUGGGAUGGUGUUUACUCUCGUGAGCUCUCAAAUUUUCACGAUAUCGGGGAUGAGGGUGAGGUAUGGUUUGGAGAAGACAGCGUAGAGAAGAUGGUGGAUUGGACCCUCGAGAACGUCCCAGCCGAUCCUGCACCACACAUCCUCGAAGUCGGCACGGGGAACGGCAAUCUUCUUUUCGCCCUCUGCGAAGCCGGGUAUCCCCCUGAGAAGAUGUCCGGAAUCGACUACAGCAUGGACGCGGUGGAAUUGGCCCGCGCGAUCGCAUCCUCCAAGUCCACAGCACCCGCCGACGAAAGCGACGCGGACGAGCCAUCUCCUGCUCUCCCAGAAGCCGACAAGAUCAGCUUUUCGGCGUGCGAUUUCCUCCGCGACGAAGUCGCCCUCCUUCCCGGGAUGACCUUCAAUGCAACUGAUGCGACGGCGGUAUGGGAUCUAGUCUUGGACAAGGGGACGAUGGACGCCAUUGCGUUGGCUGAGAAAGACGGAGAGGGCAAGUCACCGGCUGACGGCUAUCCGGCGAGGAUAGGGCGGGUGGUGAAGCCGGGAGGAUUCUUCCUCAUCACUUCUUGCAACUUCACUGAGGAAGAGCUAAAGGCGAAGUUCACGAGUACCGCUGUGGGCUUGGUGUUCCACUCAAGACGACCGUGGCCUACGUUUUCUUUCGGGGGACAGACGGGGAAUGUUUACUCAACUGUUGCGUUCACAAAACCGUGA